AUGUUGGUCCAAGGAAUAAUAGAGAAUGGAAUAGACUGGGAUGACACUGACAACAGUUAUUUGCACUCUCAUCAUGAUGCUCACAAUAUACCAGACAAGUAUUGUACAAAUCCAUUUGUUUCCAACCAACCUACACAGCUAUCUCAUAUUGAGGUCCCAGAUGCAUAUUGCCCAUUCAAAGCAGAACAAAUGCAGCACUUUCAGUAUCAAAUAGAUCCUUUCCUAAUCCAGACACAUCCAGAUACUCAUUUACACCAUUUACUUUGGAUUCAGGCACUUGGAGUUCCAUCAUUAAUUGUCUAG